AUGGAGAUGGAUGAAGCUCAUGAAGCUCAGAAAAAAACAUUCGCCUUCAGUAUUGACAGCAUCCUCAGCAGAACGUCUGAGAAAAGUGACGAGAGCAAACCGAGCACAGCUGCUGACUUAAGACUCCCCAACGAGGAUGGACCAGAUCUGGAGUCAGGAGCGACUACAAAUCCUGUGGAGCCUCUUCAUCACGUCUGUGUGUGCUGCUGUUACUGCUCACACUGUGGAGAGAUGCUCCAGGCUGAUUACCUGCCUGCUAUGUCCUGUCAGUUUGCAUGGAGCAAGAGAGCGCUAACUGAGACAAGCCCGACAGAAGGUCAGAGGAGAGAGAGUUUUGGUCAAAUCCAGAAGCGGAUCCGGCGUCACCGCACCAUCUUCACCGAGGAGCAGCUAGACGCUCUGGAGGAGCUGUUUGUACAGAACCAGUAUCCAGACAUACACACCCGUGAGCAGCUUGCUGAGAGGACUCACCUGAGAGAGGAGAGGGUCGAGGUGUGGUUCAAGAAUCGUCGAGCGAAGUGGCGAAGACAGAAAAGACUACAGUUUAGUCUCCAUGGGCAGGAUGAGUGGAAAAAUGUCCUGCAUGGUGACUGA